CGUCACUUGAGUGGGAGUCGAAUCUUCUCCGGAAUCGCUUGCUUUCAUUUCUGCACGAGUCCGUCGCGCGCGCGACGUUUCCUUCGCUUCACUUCGAACCAAAACAAACGUCGCCCGACGCGCCUCGGUCGGUCAUUUCCCCCGCAUCGCUGAGGGAUUAUUCGGUGUUUUCUGCGAAAAGGCGGCCAGUAAAGCCAGAGAAAAGAUGAGUGUGGAGGCGUACGGGCCGAGCUCGCAGACGCUCACCUUCCUGGACACGGAGGAAGCGGAGCUGCUCGGGGCCGACACGCAGGGCUCCGAGUUCGAGUUCACCGACUUCACGCUGCCCAGCCAAACCCAAACGCAGGGCCAGACCCAGAGCCAACUCGACAACCAGGUGAACGGGCCUGAUGGCGUUCUGCCCAACGGAGAGGAUGCAGUGGUGAAGACCAGCCAACUUCUGGCCGAGCUGAACUUUGAGGAGGAUGAGGAAGAUACUUACUACACUAAAGACCUGCCGGUGCACGCCUGCAGCUACUGUGGUAUCCAUGAUCCAGCAUGUGUGGUCUAUUGCAACACCAGCAAGAAAUGGUUCUGCAACGGCCGCGGUAACACCUCUGGCAGUCAUAUUGUGAACCACUUGGUGAGGGCCAAAUGUAAGGAGGUGACGCUGCAUAAGGACGGACCGCUGGGAGAGACGGUUCUGGAGUGCUAUAACUGCGGCUGCCGUAAUGUCUUCCUGCUCGGCUUCAUCCCGGCUAAAGCCGACUCUGUUGUGGUGCUUCUCUGCAGGCAGCCGUGUGCCAGUCAGAGCAGUCUGAAGGACAUUAAUUGGGACAGCUCUCAGUGGCAGCCCCUCAUCCAGGACCGCUGCUUCCUGUCCUGGCUAGUGAAGAUCCCGUCCGAGCAGGAGCAACUGAGGGCCCGUCAGAUCACGGCACAGCAGAUCAAUAAACUUGAGGAGCUCUGGAAGGAAAACCCAACAGCGACCCUGGAAGAUUUGGAGAAACCUGGAGUGGAUGAGGAACCUCAGCACGUUCUGCUACGCUACGAAGAUGCCUAUCAGUACCAGAACAUCUUUGGGCCGCUGGUCAAACUAGAGGCCGACUAUGACAAGAAACUCAAAGAGUCCCAAACUCAAGACAAUAUUACAGUGAGGUGGGAUUUGGGACUGAAUAAAAAGCGGAUAGCUUAUUUCACUCUGCCCAAGACGGAUUCAGGUGACAUGCGACUGAUGCAAGGAGACGAGAUCUGUCUGCGCUAUAAAGGAGACAUGGCUCCGCUGUGGAAAGGAAUCGGACACGUCAUCAAAGUCCCAGACAAUUAUGGAGAUGAAAUUGCCAUCGAGCUGCGCAGCAGUGCUGGUGCUCCUGUGGAGGUGCCGCAUAACUUCCAGGUGGACUUUGUCUGGAAGUCGACAUCUUUUGACCGAAUGCAGAGCGCCUUGAAGACGUUUGCCGUGGACGAGACCUCUGUGUCCGGCUACAUCUACCACAAGCUUCUGGGUCAUGAGGUGGAGGACGUUAUCAUCAAAUGCCAGCUGCCCAAACGCUUCACUGCACAGGGCCUGCCAGACCUCAACCACUCGCAGGUUUAUGCUGUGAAGACGGUGCUGCAGCGACCCCUCAGUCUGAUCCAGGGGCCUCCAGGAACCGGAAAGACUGUCACCUCUGCCACCAUCGUCUACCAUCUGGCCAGACAGGGCAAUGGUCCGGUGCUGGUUUGUGCUCCGAGUAACAUCGCAGUGGAUCAGCUGACAGAGAAGAUCCAUCAGACAGGACUGAAGGUGGUUCGUCUGUGCGCUAAGAGUCGUGAGGCCAUAGAUUCACCUGUGUCUUUCCUGGCUCUGCACAAUCAGAUCCGCAACAUGGACAGCAUGCCAGAGUUGCAGAAACUGCAGCAGCUGAAGGACGAAACUGGCGAGCUGUCGUCUUCUGAUGAGAAACGUUACCGAGCUCUCAAACGAACCGCUGAGAGAGAGCUGCUCAUGAAUGCAGAUGUGAUCUGCUGCACAUGCGUGGGUGCGGGUGACCCUCGCCUGGCUAAAAUGCAGUUUCGCUCCAUCCUUAUUGAUGAGAGCACACAGGCCACGGAGCCCGAGUGCAUGGUGCCAGUGGUGCUCGGGGCCAAACAGCUGAUUCUGGUGGGUGACCACUGUCAGCUGGGUCCUGUGGUCAUGUGCAAGAAGGCGGCUAAAGCAGGUCUGUCUCAGUCUCUGUUUGAGAGGCUGGUGGUCCUGGGCAUCAGACCCAUCCGUCUGCAGGUGCAGUACCGCAUGCACCCGGCCCUCAGCGCUUUCCCUUCAAAUAUCUUCUACGAGGGCUCUCUGCAGAACGGCGUCACCGCUGCUGAUCGCAUCAAGAAAGGCUUUGACUUUCAGUGGCCUCAGCCCGAUAAGCCCAUGUUUUUCUACGUAACCCAGGGCCAGGAGGAGAUUGCGAGUUCUGGCACCUCCUAUCUCAACAGGACUGAGGCUGCUAAUGUGGAGAAGAUCACCACCCGUCUGCUGAAGGCCGGAGCCAAACCUGACCAGAUCGGCAUAAUUACACCAUACGAGGGCCAGCGCUCUUACCUGGUGCAGUACAUGCAGUUCAGCGGCUCACUGCACACCAAACUAUACCAGGAGGUGGAGAUCGCCAGCGUGGAUGCGUUCCAGGGCAGAGAGAAGGACUUCAUCAUCCUGUCUUGUGUCAGAGCUAACGAGCACCAGGGCAUCGGCUUCCUGAACGACCCACGUCGUCUCAAUGUGGCGCUAACCAGAGCCAGAUAUGGCGUGAUCAUUGUGGGCAAUCCUAAGGCUCUGUCCAAGCAGCCUCUGUGGAACCACCUGCUGAACUACUACAAGGAGCAGAAGGUUCUGGUGGAGGGACCGCUGAACAACCUGAGGGAGAGCCUCAUGCAGUUCAGCAAACCACGCAAGCUGGUCAACACCAUCAACCCUGGAGCCCGUUUCAUGAGUACCGCCAUGUAUGAUGCGAGAGAGGCCAUGAUUCCUGGAUCUGUGUAUGAUCGCAGCGGCACUGGGCGUCCAUCUAAUAUGUACUUCCAGACUCAUGACCAGGUCGGCAUGAUCGGGACUGGGCCGAACCCAAUGGGCUCCAUGAACAUCCCCAUCCCGUUCAAUCUGGUCAUGCCGCCCAUGCCUCCGCCUGGGUACCUGGGCCAGGUGAACGGACCUGCUGCCGGUCGUGGUGCUCCUAAAGGUAAGACCGGGGGUCGCGGAGGUCGUCAGAGGAACCGUGGCACCGGUAACCACGGCAGCGGGCAGCCCAACAUGCCAAGCAGCCAGGCCAGUCAGGACCUGGUGUCCCAGCCCUUCUCUCAGGGUCCACUGACCCAGGGCUACAUCACCAUGAGCCAGCCUUCACAGAUGAGCCAGCCUGGACUGUCCCAGCCUGAGCUCUCACAGGAUAGCUACCUGGGUGAUGAGUUCAAAUCCCAGAUGGAUGUGGCACUUUCCCAGGAUUCCACCUACCAGGGCGAACGGGCAUAUCAACACGGAGUGACUGGACUCUCACAGUACUAGAGUGUUGUUGGAACAGGAGCUAGGCCUGUGCUGAGCUUAGUUCAUCAGCAUUUUAAAUAUGGGUAAAUAUAAAAAAAGAACAAACAUGGAUGCCCGUUUACCACUGUUACAACUGAAGCACCAUGGUGUGAGAGCAACAGGAGAGAAUCAAACCAAUCACAGGAGGGAGUGAAGCUGGACAGGACGAAAGAGAACGUGUGAGUGGCGGACUACAUCCACCAUUCGUUGAGGACGGGGAGGAGAGGGGAGACGCAGUGUUAGGAGGAGACCAAACACGAGAUCUUCGAUCUGCAACUCCGCAACGUGGAGGAGGCUCCUGGAGCGCAGGGGCCCUUCCCGGCCUCCUCUCUCUCUCGCCUGGCUGCCGACGUCAGCCUCAGGCCUUGCCCUGCCAACAGAGACGGAGCCAAGAUGAAGUUCUCUUAAAACUACCUGCAAAAACCACGCUUGCUCUGUCGUCUCCACGAGCUGAGAGAGGGGGUGACGUAUUUCAAGUAAUUAUAAACGCUUUCCAAGCAGCUGAAUUUCGGGAAAAUAAGAGUUCCCCUCAAAGUUGACAUCUGACAUUCAGGUUCUACCACCGAACAUCUUUGAGAGAACGGACGCCUGUGGCAAGAGUUUUCGCGGUUUGUUUCAUUCGCUUCGGAGCACCUCUCGUCUCCAACCAAGGUGCUAGGACACUGUGAAGGACGAUUCAACUUUGAGGAAAGUUUUCCGCCUGAAGUCCGGGAGGGUAGAGGUGCCGUAACAAACGGAGGGCCCGUCGCAUCUCGUCUGCUCUCCGCUAGGUGAUUAGGGGUAGAAAUGGCUUUGGGAUGUUUCUUUUUCCUUUUAAAUGUUUUGUCCCUUGCCGAAGGGACCGACAGAAUCUAUCCUUUCUUAUUUUCCUCUUUGUUUUAAAAUGGUUUUUGUUCGACUAGAAUAAAAGCAGUCAAGUAGAACCGCUCGAUUUAGCUUGCUUGAUUUAGAUGUGGCUUAAAAAUCAAUCCAAAUCACCAGGAUCUGUGGGUCAGGAACGUCGUCAAAAUCAGGUGAAACUUGUUCAUCUGGGUCUGUUCGAUGUAACAUGUCAAUCACAGCAAACUCCUCCCACUGCUAUUCUGUCCAAUCAGGUGAAACUUGAUCAUCUGACUCUUUUCGAUUUGGUACGAGACAAAUGUGUCAAUCACAGUAGACCCCUCCCACUGCUAUUCUGUCCAAUCAGGAUGCAGUCAUAUUGUUGUGCCCGAAUCGCUUUAGUUGCGCCUCAGAGAAAGCAGAAGGAUGAAGCACAGACAGGUGAGAUUCUCGCUGUUUUUGUGUCUGACCGUAAGAGGCUCUCGUCUUGCGCUCUUGCGUUAUGAUGUCAGUGAGAGCGGGCGGUUUUUUACGCCGCCGACAGGUGUGUGUGUGUGUGUGUGUGUUUCCAGAAUGCCCUCCUUCAUUAUUAUUUGUGUUGUGGUAGAUGGUAGUUUUGCAUUUCCCCCAUUCUAGUUGCUUUUCCCCCCCUCUUCUUAGUAGCUAAUAUUUUUAUUUGUAUACAGUCUGACGUGAAGUUCUCGUAACCUCUCUCAGUGUGGAAAUUGCUCAAGUUUAUUUGGUUUCGACGGACCCAUUCAGAAUUUUACGGCAGCUUUUAACAUCUGUUCCGACCGAUUCCAGUCGCCUCAACUUUGUACUUUUACUUUGGAGUGUUUAUACCUUGAUGUUACUCCAUACUCGCAGCCCUUUUGAAUGUUUGAUAUUACCCAAGUACCACCACUCGCAUUUUAUAGCAUCGAGCACAGAUUCGUUUUAAGUUCACAUCCUUUGCUUUCUCUUUUUUUUCUUUGCCCACAAGACAAUCAUGAUUCGUUCAUAACCAAGGUCGCAAAAAUGUUGGCGUGACUUUUCCAUGUUAACCUCUCAUUUUAGAAUUAACUCAUUCUCUGAAAAUCCUUGAAACAGUUUAGUUUUCACAUUUCAUACUUCAACUGUAAAUAUCAGUGCUCGGAUUUGAUAUGACAUCAGCCGAAUUGUUGCCAAUGACAAUGAGAUGCUAACAUCCACAACAAGGCCAAGGUGAUCCACAGCCAUGCAUUCUGGUUAUUAUCGAGUAUGAAGAGACUAGGUAAUUCUGAGGUUCUGCUGCGAAAGUUGCAUCAAAUUUGAAUGAAAUGUACAAUACAUUUAUAUGCUUUAACUUGCAAUGAAGAGGAACAUUGGAAAAACAUCAGGAUAUGAAGUAUAAUUCAGGAUUUUGUUUUGUGGAAAAAGUUUUCACCCCCACAAUAUGUACUUCUUGUAACGUUAUGAAUAAAUGUUGAUUUCUUUCAUCC